UCGCCGAAACAAGUGCGGUAUAUUCCGUUUCGUUGUUCCAUUUUUGUUACUCUGCAUUUUAACUAGUUUAUUAUUUGCAAAGUCGGCUCAAAGUUGCUCCAAGAAUGUCGUCAACAACCGAAGAAACCAAUCACAAGACCGCAGCACCCGCGGCAACAGCAGCGGUAGGAGAAAAUGCACCGGAAAAUCCACUGCAAGCAAAAGCAGACGAACUCGGUGUUCUCGGCAAUGAGUUUUUCAAAGAACAAAACUAUGAGCGAGCAAUUGCUCUGUACACUGAAGCCAUUGAAACUUGCCCAAACGAACGCUUCUACGCAAAUCGAAGUUUUGCUCACUUCCGGACGGAAUCGUACGGCUAUGCGCUAUCCGAUGCGGAUAAGGCCAUCGGAUUGAAGAAUAGCUACACCAAAGCGUAUUACCGGCGAGCGGCUGCACUGAUGGCCCUCGGGCGGUUCAAGAAAGCGCUGGCAGAUUUGGAAUUCGUAGCCAAACGGUGCCCGAGUUCAAAGGAUGCGCAGGACAAGUACACGGAGUGUAAAAAAAUGGUCAACAAGAUAGCGUUCGAAAAGGCCAUCUCUGUGCAGCACCAGGAGAAGAGUGUGGCAAAGAUGUGCAGGGACUUGGAAUUUGUCUCCAUAGAAAACGACUACAAUGGUCCGAAGUUGGAAAACGGCAAAGUGACCUUGGAGUUUAUGAAAAGUUUACUAGAGUGGUACAAGAAUCAAAACAAACUGCACAAGAACUUUGCAUAUAGGAUCCUUUGUGAUAUGGAAGCAUUGCUAAAGACGCAGCCAUCGCUGGUGGAAAUUACGGUGCCGGAUGAUGCAAAGUUCACCGUGUGCGGUGACAUCCACGGUCAAUUCUACGAUUUGCUCAAUAUAUUCGAAAUCAACGGACUGCCUUCGACCACCAAUCCCUACCUGUUCAACGGAGAUUUCGUAGACCGGGGCUCGUUCUCAGUGGAGUGCAUUUUUACCCUGUUCGGUUUCAAGCUACUUUAUCCGAACCACUUCUUCCUGUCACGCGGCAACCAUGAAAGCUUCAACAUGAACCAACUGUACGGCUUUACCGGCGAGGUGGUGUCCAAGUACUCGCAAAACAUGGCCGACAUGUUUACGCUCGUGUACAAUUGGCUGCCGCUGUGCCAUCUGAUCAACAAGAAAGUCCUGGUUAUGCACGGUGGGCUGUUCUCGAAGGAUAAAGUGUCACUGGACGAUCUUCGGGCAAUCGAUCGAAACUGCCAGCCGCCGGAGGAGGGCCUGAUGUGCGAACUGCUGUGGUCCGAUCCGCAGCCGCAACCGGGCCGUGUACCGUCCAAACGUGGCGUUGGAAUUCACUUCGGGCCGGAUGUGACAGAUGAGUUCUUGAAGUUCAACAAUUUGGACUAUAUCAUUCGCAGCCACGAGGUAAAAGCGGAAGGCUAUGAGGUUGAUCAUGAUGGAAAGUGUAUUACCGUCUUCUCGGCACCCAACUACUGCGACCAAAUGAAAAAUCUGGGUGCCUUCAUCACACUGAAGGGUAAUGAUUUGAAACCAAAAUUCACUACUUACAAGGAAGUGCCACAUCCAUCGGUGCGCCCGAUGGCAUACGCUAGUCCGCUGUCCCUGAUGGCAUAAGACAGCGAUUGGUAGUUUUAGCGGUCCGGGCAUUGAAUGUAUUUCCCUUUUAACCUUCGCCUAUAUUACCCAUCAGUUUACUUUACGGCGUGCUUAUAUUGCAUUAUAGGAAUGGAGCUACGGACGUGAGUGAACCGGUGGCGAUAUUUUAUGUUAUUCUUUCGGUUAAUGUUUUGUUGGUUUAGCAAGCGAAUCCUCAAGAUUCCUCGUCCAGCAAAAGAUGAACAGAUUGGCUUCUGAAAAGUACAACCAUCGUUUUGUUCAACAAGAUUCAACACAAAGAACAAAACGCAAAACGUCGUUGUCCAGUUUCCUUAAAACUUGAAUUCGAUCAGCUGACAGCAGUAACAACUAAAAACAAGAGCAAAGAAUUAUUGAGAAAACUCGCUAAAGAAUUGUAGGGAAGAUGAUUGCGGGAACUAUAGUGUGUAGAAAAAUAAAGCAUAUUUAGAUUCAAUGAUCUGUUUAGCGGUAUAUGUUUGUCUUGAA